UGGUAAGCCGUGACACACCGGAGUCUGUGGGGUUUAUCACAUCAGCAGGCAGCGACCGUCACACAGCAGCAGCAGGAUGAACGCAGCCAGAAACUUUAAAACUUUAUUCCAGGAGGAUUUUAAACGCUGAAAUGAAGCCCGGAUGCGGUGAUCUGGGCAAGAAACAACCCUGAUGACGUAAAGGCACAUAUGAAGAUUCUGGUGACUCCUCGACAUGUUCCUGUCAUUGACCUCUGUGAUCGCACUCACCUUGCUGGCUGUGCAGAACUGCGUCGGGGAACCACUCUGUGUCCUCUCGUCCAGCGUUGGUUCGGUAGUGCUGCGAGGCUCCAGCUUCCAUGUGUACUGCACCUUCAAGUGCAAAUGCAAGGGCUCCAUGUGCAGCAACCACCCUCCCACACUGCAGGGGCACAAACAGUUAAACUCCACAACCAUUUACCUUCAUGUGAAGAACAUAACGGAGAAACAAACUUACAGCUGUCAUUGCAGCUCACCAGAUCAGUACAUAGCCCACCGGCCCUCCUGUCCUCAUGCAGCAGACCCCUGUGGCCUGGACAUCUUAGUUGGAUAUCCACCAGAUCCUCCAAAAAUCGUUUCAUGCAUUUAUGAAACCUUGAAGAGUAGGAAUGGAGUUGUGAAUUGCACGUGGAACAGAGGACGGGACACUCAUCUUAAAGAUCACUUUGAGCUGUGGGUGAGAACUGGAUCUGGAAACCACAUAGAAGUAUUCAAUGUGUCCAGUAAAAGAGCUGAGCUCCUGUCAACCACUUUCAGUUUGUCCAGAUUGGUUCAGAGCAUCUUGGUUCAGGUCCAGUCUCAAAAUGCUCUGGGUUCUGUUGAAUCUUCUCCAGUGAACUACACAGUUAGUGACAUCGUGAGACCGUCCAGGCCUGUUCUUCAACAGCCUGAGUGCUCUUCCAGGUACUGCAUCAUCAAAGCAGAGACAUCAGUAAAGAUCCAGAGCCUCCAGAUCCAAAUCAAAACCAGCCAAGAGCAAGAGUGGAAGACACAUCCAGAUUCUGUCACGUUAACAAGCUCAUCCCAGGCCCAGAACAUCUCUUCUCUGGAACCGUACAGGUCUUAUGAUUUCAGAGCUCGUUCCAAAUUCAGCACUGGUCUGUGGAGUGUGUGGAGCGAAAGUGUUGCUAGUUGGACUCAAGAGGAAGCACCAUCUCAAGCUCUGGAUGUGUGGUUCCCACCUGAUGUCAAACCCAUGACAAUCUACUGGAAAGAGGCCAACACGUCCAUCUCUAGUGGAAGGAUUUUGGAUUAUAGAGUCAGAGUUCACAGCAGAAAUAGGACCAUCAUGAAUUCCAGCACUAGCAACAAGAGUUUUUCAGGCCUGUUCUGUGCAGACUGUAAAGUGACAGUGUGGGCCCGUAACUCGAAAGGCCUUUCCCCGCCUGCAACCAUAACGAUCCAUCGAAUUAAAGCCAACACUCUUCAGGAUGUGCGAGCAGUAGGAAUCAACUCCACCAUCGCCAUCUCCUGGAGAAAACUCGAAGCUGCACCUGCUGAGUACGUGGUGGAGUGGUACCCAGAGGACCCCAACUUGAAGGAGAUCAAGUGGGUCAGACUGGGGAAAAACAACACCAGGACUGUUCUCACUGGAAUCAGUCCCUGGGUGUGCUAUGAGGGAGCAGUGUUUGCCUUUUACAACGAGGAUUUAGUGAGUAGGACCAAAUUUAAGCGAGUCGCCACUUUGGAGUCAGCUCCAACGCUUGGUCCAUCCAUUGAAAAAAUGGUGGAAGGAGGCAAAACAAUAAUAACAUGGCCAGAGCUUCCCAGGAUUCACCGCAGAGGAUGCAUCACCAAGUAUACCAUCUACCUAAAGUGGCACAGGGACAACAAAAGUCACCAGAAGCUCUACUUUGCACGAGCAUCGGACAGGAAGUACGUGAUGAAGGAUCUGCCUUCAGGUCGCUACAGUCUAUGGAUGAGUGCUUCUACUGCCAAAGGAGAAAGUCCUGCAGGUCAAAAGAUUGAGUUCUUUGUCGAAGAGAACACCCAGCUACCCCCUCUGCUCGUGUUUGUGCUUGCUGCCCCGGUGGUGCUCUUUCUGUGUUGUCUUUGCAACAGUGCCACGGUAAAACAGAGGUUCAGGGAGUAUUUCUACUGCCUCAUUCCUGAAGUUGUGCCAGAUCCUGCAAAUAGCAAGUGGGCUAAAGAGUGCACUAGAGAGAAGGGAAAGAUGAGCCUCCAGCUCCCGUCUGGUAGUGCCGGUCUGAUAAUCAAGGAAGACGAGACCAUCCCAGUGAAUGUGGAGGAGCUGUCCAAGCAGAUCUGUGACACCCCCACAAGCCUCUCGUCACCUCCUCUGACCAGCAUGAGCCCAGAGACCGAGCAAAUCAAGCUCCUGUAUCCUUGUCUGCCUUACAUCAAGAGUCUGUCCCAGGACUCAGACAGCUCCGACCACACUGAGACCUCGCAAGAUACGACAGUUGACUACAUCACGUCCCACGGACCAGAACUUUUGGACGCCUAUGACCAAGAGGACGGGGAUGAGCCGAUGCACUUCGUGCCCAGUCUCAACAUCUUCAUAGAUCCUCUGGAGUUUGGAGGGAAGCUGACUCUGGACGCAGUGAAAAUCGACUGCAGUGACUUUUUUUAAGAACACUUUCUGUGACUCUGAGACCUGAACUCUCCUAGGAGAUGAAAAUGGAUUUUGGAAGAGUAAAACAAAACAGCAGAUGCUGAAAGUGACGCCAGAUUUCAGUAAUUUAGAUCUAGGUUCAAGCUGAGACGCACAUGAACUCCGUGUUUGAUGAAGUCACCAAGAACUUUCUGGCUGAAGUCUAAGAUUCAGAUUUGCAGAAAUCCUGUCAUGCAUUACACUUUCUUUCUAAUAGAAUGACUACAGACACACUAAGCACGACUGCUUUGCUCUUAUUGUUAGUUUCCAACACAACCCACGCUCUGAUACACACUCCUCAACUUUCCUACACACUCACUGCCAUGCUUUCAUCCUACCUCAAUGUUAAAGUGAAUGCAACUUUUGAUUCGUUUUAAAAAAGCUGAAGUGUUUGCUGUAAAGAAGCGCCAUUGUUGGGUAUUUUUAUAAUUGUAUCUUUCUGAGGCCUAAAAGAUGCCCAAUUUGUGUUAUUAACACUUCAUGAAUCUCUGUGUUUGCCAACUGUGGCUGUUCAUGAAAGGUUGAGCAGAGAAGCUCGUUUGCAGUCAAGGAUGUUGAUUGUGGAUUUCCGAGGAAACCUCUGUACCUCUGUAACCUGAGAAGGCCCCGCCUUCUCCAUCCUUUGCUAAAUAAAACCCCUGGCUAACUGAGAAUACAUGGGAGUGACGGGGGAAAAGCCUCAGAGGAGGUUUUUCCCUGCGUUAACUCUCCAUUAUUUUGGGGACUCAGGGUAAAAUGUC